AUAAAUGCGACAGACCCAUUAUGACUUUUCAUGUAACCUGCCAUUUUAUAGUCAUGGUAUCUUGAUAAAAACUGAUUCGCAUCUCCCUCGUGGUUGCUAAUUGUUGUUUUGCAGUGUACUAGAUUGGAAUAAAGAAAACUUUCUGAAGAAUGCAUUUUAUUAUUCUAAUUAUCUCUGUCGCCAUCAAUCAAAUCUCAAGUACUGAAGUUAUUUUCCAAUAUGAGGCGAGUGACGUCACAGGGGAUCUAAUGCCCGACGAGGUCAAUGUGACUUUCAGCACAGAAACGAAGUCUCUAACCAAACUCAAUCUCAGGCGAUCGCGGCAUUUCGACCUUGACAUUCCCCUUUAUACUCUCGACACAGACCAGGAAGGAUUUUUCCAAAAGCAAAAAGUGACAACCAAAGCCAGAAAGGAUCUAGGCUUCUACCAGGAUAUUGACAACAAGGCGGUGUUCCGAAUUGAAAAGUCACCAGAGAAAACGGCAAACAAAAAAUCAAAAUAUCAUCUGAAAGGUGAAUUUCACGUCGUCAACUCCAAAUACUUUUUCAACUCAGAGAAAAAGACUCCUAAAAAGUCUUGGAAAAACAAGUCCCUCAAACGUUUUCUCAAUUCCACAACGACUGCACCAACGACAUCUGAUGCCACGUCAAUAUUUGAGGAGUUUGUCUAUACUUUAGAAUCACAGAAUAUCACAACUUUUGAUAUGUUUGACGCACGAAUACCUCCACCAGAAGUAAAGAAGACUGCUAGAAGGAAAGUCUUUAACAGCACUGGUCAAAACUACAACCGGUCAGCAUCAUGGUCAGCCCGACAGAGCAGACCACGCCGCGAGGCAGUACUGGACAUCUACUUGGACUUGGUGGCGGUGAUUGACUACAAAUUGUAUUCCAAGUAUUUAGCUCUAGCUAACUACAACAGCCCCACGGCGUUACAGGGUAUUCUAGAGCACUAUGCCUUUGUGUUUAGCGGAAUUGACAUGCUCUAUCAAGGUAUCAAAAGUUCAGAAUAUUCCAUUCAUGUUCGUCUGUGUAAAGUAUACGUACUCCAGACAUCCAGUGCUGCAAGUUUUAUUGAGUCAAUCGCUUCGUACGGAGAGCUGAAGGCAGACACAGCGCUUGAUGUCCUCGGGAAGUUCUCCGCAGGUGCUGGGCGUAGCAACGUCGGAAGCUAUGAUCACGUGAUGUUGUUUACUGGUUAUGAUCUCUAUGCACUGGAUACUUGGUAUAGUAAAAACUACAACGUUGUAGGCAUCGCUAAUAUCGGAACAAUGUGUCGAACAGACGGGACAAGUUGCUCUGUGAUAGAAGAUCGUAAAGGCUACUCCACAAUAGAUACGGCAACACAUGAGCUGGGACAUAGCCUGUCAGCGGAACACGAUGGAGUCAACAAUUUCUGCUCCUUCUCACAAAGAUAUAUCAUGGCUGCAUCCAACAGUAAAGAAACCUACGAGACAGAGUAUAACCCAUGGCGAUUCUCUUCCUGCAGCAUCAGCUACUUCACACGUUUUUUGCACAGAACUGUGGACACCAGCCGAGGACACACUUGUUUGACAUACUCAAUGAAGGCCUCCACAGACAUUCCAGAUGUAUCUGAUAAACUGUUGGGUCAGUUGAUCAAACCUGAUCAACAGUGUCAACAGAUGUACGGAAUUUCAUCCAGUUACUGUAGGGGUGUGGGAGAAGUUACCAUUGCUGACAUCUGUCGCUCAAUGUAUUGUGUAAAUCCAUCGAACACAGAUUUGUGUUACCACGAGGCAGCACUUAUGGGGACAUCCUGUGGAGAUGGGAAGAUCUGUAUCAAUGGACAAUGUGUCAGAGACCCAUACGCUCCUCAAGUUGAUGAGAAAUGUAUAUUUGGAGACACCCCAGACAAUACCUGCUAUUCGAUGGUUCAUGAUUUUAUAGGCAACUGUUACGACUCGGACUAUUAUGUACAGUGCUGUGCCUCCUGUAACAAUGUUUCUAGACCAGUAAGAGGUUGUGAAUAUGGGGACAAAGAUCAGAAUUGUAAAACAUAUUCCUGCUCAUUGAAUAGAGAGAUUUGCUGUGGUACCUGUAAUUAUGGUACACCAUAUACUCCAACCACUAGCACAAGAAGAACCACACCCAUGAGAACAGUCACUUCAACUCAAGUUGUCUACCAGCAGUUUGGUGCGACAAGUCAACGGUCGUCAACAUCAUUGCUAAGCAGUUCUUUCGGUUGUGUAAUAGGAGAGCCGAAUUUACGUCCAGAGUUAUGCACUAGCCCAGGUAUCUGCCAUACACAGCCACUCAUGUGCUGUGAUUAUUGCAGGGAUCAUUACAGUGCUGCAACCAUUCUCCCAAUUUACGAUAUUUUAACGUAUUGUUAUUUUUACAUUACAUUAUAUGUUCUUUACAACUAAUCAAAUGAAUACUAGAUAGAUCUAGCAGUCUAGUGAUAUUGAAUAGCCUAUCUCGUUUUUUUUUUUUAAUAACAAUCUAGCCAUAUAUAUUUUGUAUAUAUAGUAUAUUGUGGGAAGCGUGGUCGAGAGGCUAAAUGCUUGAACUUGGCUUGUCUUGGCUACCUAGAACAGGGCUCGAGGUUCGACACCCGACUCGGGCAGAGUUGCGUUUACUGAGCGCCUAAAGGCAGCACGGAAAAAACAACUCCCAGAUACCCCCUCCCCCCCCCCCCCCACCGGUCCACAAAUGAGAUUGGACCAAAGCGCUCUGAGCAUGCUAUAAGCAUGAAUGUAGCGCUAUAUAAAAGCUAUAAUAUAUAUAUAUAUAUAUUUAUUAUUUUAGCAUAACACUAAAUUUAGAGCUAGAUUGACAAAGUGUGUUCCAAUUAAUUAGAACUUUUUCGUACUGUUUAUAAAAUAGCUUUAAUUAAGUUAAAACCAUAGACUUAUAUAUACACUACUCUAGACUGGACAUGGAGAUUUUUUAGCGCUACAAAAAAUGAGAAAAUUUUUUAGAAAGUUGGAUCAAGGCGUUGUUUUGUAAAGUAGUUAAAAGAAGUAAGGUUGCUUCUUUUUUUUCAACCCUAACCUAUGUAACAUAGAAUUUAAUUUUUAAAUCUAGAUCUAGUAAUUGAACAUCAAAAAUAAGAGUACUCUCGUGUCAUAAUUCUCCAUGUCCAGUCUAAAGUAGUAUAUAUAAGUAUAUGGUUAAAACGUAUUAGCAAGCAAAGUAUAAAAAUAAUGUAAAAAAAAACAACUUUUAUUUCUCAUUACUGCAAGAUUUGUCUUCCUUUUUCAAUAUAAAAAAUUAAUUAUUUACCGCUAACUAAUUUAACUAAUUAGGUAAUUUUCGGUUGAUUCGUCUGUUGUCAUGAACAAUGAAUCAUUCUUCAAAGUUUCAACUUUAUCCGAGAAUGGGAAGUGGGAGAAAUGACGUGUCUAAGAUUUGACAGAGUGAAUUGAUAUAAGCUUUGUAUAAAAUAUCUCUCUACCAUUAUGUGCAGGCGUACUGCUCAACGUCACACAACGUGACAUUCAUUCAUUUAUCACGGCGUCCCCGCUGCGGGUAAGAAGAGGACACCGUGCCUCAUAUUCUGUUUGACUGCCCCAGACUUACUGAUCUCCGCCUCGACAGGUCUGGGAAACCCAAAAUUCUCGACCUGUAUGGUGACAUGUUUACACUACUCAAACAGCAGGGAUCUAUCCAGGGCUCUUGCAAUAGAGGCUCAAGAAACAUAAAAUAUUUUUUUUUCGCGAAUCCAUGUUUAGUCAUGUAUGUAAAUUAGACAAAUUAAAUAUUCGUACCUUGCGUCUUAUUGUUAAGCUUGACAAAGAUAAAGGCGCAUUCCUCGUCCUAUAUGCUGGGACAAAUUUGUACAAAUACUCCUUCUUCCCUAGUGCUAUUAGAGCAUGGAAUGGGUUGCCUGAGCUAGCCAGGAAAACCAGUGGCUUGGCAGAAUUUAAGUCAUCGGUUAACAUGCAUGACUAGAUGCAUGUGCAUGACGCGUAGGACGUAACCAUCAUAUUUUUUUGAAGUAAUGUCUGUAUUAUAUAAGAUAAGCUAAGAAGACUGCACAUUCCGUCCAUAAAAAUGUCCACAUGUCAAGCUAGGAGUGGGAGUUGGUGUCUUAUAAAAAAGGAAACAAGGUAAGAUAAAGUGGUCGUUGGUCAUUUCAAGUUUUAUCGGUCAUUGUUGAUCAUUCAUUUUAUUAGUAGCUCUUUGUCAGUCAAGAUACUUCGGUAUUGUUGAGAUGGAUGAUUACAUCUAGUUGAAGGUAGUGUAGAUAAUGUUUGAUUAUUUGUAGAUUUGAUGUUAUAUGCGAGUUCGUAAUAUCAACCUCCAACAGAACAAAACCAGUAAAUAAUGAAGAAAUCCAAUUCUUUACUAAAACAACAGUUUAUUACAGAAUAAGGACACAGUCUACUUCAGCGGUUCUCAACCUUUUAUACUCGGCGACCCCUUUUUACAAUCCCCUGUCUGAGGCGACUCCCCCCCCUCUCCCGCACCAUUUUUUCAAUGGUCUUAGGCGACCCCUGGCAAAUCGUCAAUCGACCCCCAAGGGGGUCGCGAUCCACAGGUUGAGAACCCCUGGUCUACGUCGUAUCUAUACUACAAGCGGGUCUCCUUCGUCCUCACUAAGGAAAUACCCAAUGAAACUCAACUUCUACUCGUCUUUCUAUUGUGUCUCUACAGUAUGUCCAAGAUUUAGGCCUAUACAAGUGAUUAGAUUCGAUUUAAAUUAUUUCAUCGAUUGAUUGAUAUUAAAAUAUAAAUAUCAAAUAAUUUUAUUUUUUGAACAAAAUAAAAUUUAAUUUAAUUUUACAGUACUUAUUUUUGCGUUAUAGAAUGACAUGCUUUUAGAUAUUAGUAAUUUAUAAAUAUGUUUAUUUUGUAUCCAGUAUUUUUAUGAAUAAGGGAAUUUUGGUCGUAUUUUAUGAAUUAAGAAAUUUUGCUAGAAUCUUUAUGAAUAAGGGAAUUUUGGUAGUAUUGUUAUGAAAAAGUGGAUUGUUAUCAAAGCUUUUAAUAGAGUUGGGGCUUCCACAAAAACUCUGCCCCUGUGCCUCCACAUGAUUAAAUCCGGUCCCGCAGGGUACAUACAUGCAUGUUUACUGUAUUUUUAUACAGUCGUUCACCUUAUCAGCAGUAGAUACUUGUUUUUUUUUUAUUUUUUUAUUAUAUAUUAUAUAUGUUUAUGUAUAUUGUAUACGUAUUAUUAGUAUUGAGGGAUUUUAUGUUUCAUGUUUUAGAGAUAUGAAUUAAGUAUUGUUUAUGAUUUUUUAUAAUUAUUUUUUAAAAAUAGAUUUAAUGUGUCAUACGUAGAACUGUUUUUGAGUAUAUAUAUAUAUAUAUAUAUAUAUAUAUAUAUAUAUAUAUAUAUAUACUUGGUUAUGCUUGCCCUGGAUGUGGCAAAAUAUGUAGGUCACAGCUGGGGCUGCGCAGCCACGGGAAAUACUGUAUGCCUCACUAAUCUUCGGACUCGAAGACAAGCCUUAUUAUAUAUAUAUAUAUAUAUAUAUAUAUAUAUAUAUAUAUAUAUAUAUAUAUAUAUAUAUACGUUGGAUAUACAAUAUACAUAGCGUGUACAGGGUAGACUCAUUGUACAUUUCGUGAUAAUUAUAUAUUGUAAUAAAGAUAUUGUUGUUAAGUUAUUGUGAUACAGUUAUUGUUAUAAAGGUAUUGUAAUAAAGAUAUUG